UGCAGGGAGCAUGUGAUCACCGGAGCGACUGAGCUUGCAUUGCCAUGGUGUGGCAGCCGCGGGGAGAGCAAUGGAGGCUGCUUAAGAGGGAGGCUGGGCGGCUGCUGCUGCUGCAUCCGUCGCCAAAGGAAACCACUGCGCACCCCAUCGCUGCUCACCAAACGGCGGAGGGAAAGAGUUGGGAAGAACAUCACUGGCAAUGCACCUUGCUUUUUGAUAUCUGUUACUAAAGAAAGCUCCCAGUUCCAGAAGAGACUCUAAUAGGAGUAUAUAACAACAAUACUUGGCUUAAGAAAGUAACAUUUGACAAAACCAUGGCUACAGAUGAAAGGGACAAUAAACAGAAUGUUCAAGCUGAGGUACUGGGUACUGAUGCUUCAGACAAGAAAAGGGCAGGCAAAUUCCAGCCUUUCAAGAAGUUUUUUGGUAAAAGGAAAAAGAGAGAGACAACAUCAGACUGUGUGGAAGCCAAAUUGAAACCCAGCCACUCUUUUGGGAAUGUAUGCAAUGGCACCCUCUCUUCAGAUGAAGAAACAAACAAUGGUUUGAGGUCCUCCAACUAUACUAUGGGCACUCGAGCCUUUUCCCAUGACAGUAUUUUUAUACCUGAUGGGCAAGCAGAGAGUGAGCAGGCAGUCCAAGCAAUGUCACAGGACAAAAUCCUAGGCAAAGUCAAAACCCUUCAGCAACAGUUGUCCAAGACUAUUAAAUUUGGACAACUACCACAAAUGACCAUUUCUGAGAGGACAAUGGAGGAGGCAAAUGCUAGUUUAGAAGAGGACUUAUUACUCAGUAGCCCAAUGGAGAUUGAGACUCAACAGGACACAGUGCUCUCGGACAGUGAUAAUAAAUUAAGUGACACUCCGGAUUCAUUAAGCCCUACGAGCGUGCCUGGGACAGGACAUGAAGCAGAGAAGAAGGUCACUCCAGUCAAAUCGUCUCGGUCAAAAAGACACAUUUCCUCUGCUGGCACAAUUGAAUCAAUCAAUCUUGAUGCGAUCCCCCAGGCAGUCGCUCGUCUGGACAACAGCGCGGCUAAGCACAAACUCUCCAUAAAGCCAAAAAAACAGAGGCUGUCAAGAAAACACAGAAGAUUAACAAAGGAGUUACAAAGCGUAACAGUGAUAGAGUUUGAGCAAGAAAACCCAGAAACCCCCCAGUACAGAGAGAGAUACCCAGAUGACCAUGGGCGCAUUGCCACAGCUAAGCCAACCCAGAACAGAGAGGGCCAAAAACAUCUUGAGUUAGCAGAUGAGAAAAGAAAGCAAGAAGAUCACUGGAGAAUCCUCGAGGCUGAAGAGAAAAGACAAAUGGCAGAAGCAGAGGGAAAAAAACAUUUGGAAGAACAAAGAUGCCAGGAAGUUGAAGAGAUGCAAAGGCAACAGGAGAGAAAGCAUUGUGAGGAAGAGAAAAGGCAGCAUCUCCUUAAGGAGGAGAAACAUUUGAAAAUAAAAGAGCAGAGGCACCAGGAGGAGCGGAAAAGACUGGACGAACGGAGACAACAGGAACUGGAGGAGCAGAAAAGACUGGACGAACGGAGACAACAGGAACUGGAGGAGCACAAAAGACUGGACGAACGGAGACAACAGGAACUGGAGGAGCACAAAAGACUGGACGAACGGAGACAACAGGAACUAGAAGAACGGAGACGAGUGGAACUGGAGGAGCAGAAAAUAAAAGAACUGGAAGAACAAAGGUGUCAUGAGAUUGGAAAUCAGCAUCAGGAGGAAGAAAAAAAGAGACAAGAGGAACAAAAAAGACAAGAAUUGGAAGAACAGAGACAAGAAUUUGAGAAAAGGCAUCUUCAGGCUGAAGAGACGCUGCCGCAGGAGGAAGAAGCUAAGAGACUGGAAGAACAAAGCCAGCAUCAGAAGGAAAAAAAGAAGAGACAAGGGGAACAAACUCUACAAAAACUAGAGAAGCAAAAGACACAAGAAGAACAAAAAAGACAUGAGCCAGCAGAACAAACACACCUGGAGAGUGAAGAGAGAGAACAACAGGGGAAAUUUAAAAUAAGGCAAGAGGAAUCAAAUGAACAAGAACUGAAAGAACAGGCAGAAAUACACGUGGAUGGACAACAGCAUCUGGAAAAGCAAAAAGAACAAGAGCAAGCCUUAAGACAUCAACAGGUCAAAGAAGAAGUGUGUUCUGGGGAUGCUGGUAGUGAAUCCAUGGAGAAGCAGCUUCAAGAAGAAUCAAACCAACAAAAAACAAAACAGUCACAGAAAGGGAAAGAAACAGUGCUAGAAAAGCUAACACCAAAACAGAAGAGAGAAGUCGAAGCUCAGGAGCAGAAGAUAGGUGAAGAACUAAGGUGGCAGGAACUAGAUGAAAGGCAGGCUACGCACAGACCAUUCACGUUUCAAGUGUCAUCGGGAGAGAAACAGAUCAUAUUUCAAAAAGUGAAUUUGAGCCCCGUUACUCCUGUCAAAGAGGCAGCACACCUUUCUGCCCUCAAAGAAUCCAAGACCCACAAAUUUAGCAAAGGUUCUCCUGCACUUCCCUACUCUUUGUGUGUCCCACACACAGCUAUUUUGGUUACUGGAGCACAGCUUUGUGGCACUGCCGUAAACCUGAACCAGAUCAAAGAUACAGCUUGUAAAUCUUUACUUGGUUUGACAGAAGAAAAAAAAACCCUGGAUUUUCCCCCACCAGAAAACACCCAGAAAACUACUCUUGAUUCCAAAUCUAGCCGCAGUAAAAUGAAGUAUACACAGGAGACACUGAACAACCAGGACGUAUUAGCUGAAUGGGCUUCUAUUAGAUCUAGAAUCCUAAAGAGUGCAGAAAACAGCAAGCUAAAUGAAAAAGACCGAGUAAGUGUCUGUAGAUACAGUGAUGACUGGACUCCCAAAGGACGAGGUGCUUCCCAUGCCAAUUUAAGGAAAACACUUUCUGCGAAUGCAAAAUUUUCCAUAACACCAGCAUGGCAGAAAUUUUCAGAAACCUCAAAAGCCAAUGCAGAUGCUGAGAGUGCCUGUGGUGCAGAAGGUACUGAACCAGAGAACACAAGAAAAAAGACAGAUUCAUCCAAUGAUGCAAAUGAUGACAUGGCUGCUCGCAAUGAGACUCCAGCUUGUAAAGAUAAUGUGACUGAAAUGGCAACAAAGAGUGAAACACACCUUGAAAUGGCAAACUACACAGAAGGCUAUAAGUUUGCCAAAGAUCUUCCAUCUUUCCUUGUUCCAAGCCUCUCUCAUUCUUCAGGAAAAGAACUGCCCCAAUCAGAAUCUCCAGCUACUUUGGAAAGUCAGCAGAACACUGGUACAAGAAACCUGGAUAAACCAGCACCACAUGAAGAAGAAAAUGUGUCUCCAUUUGGGAUAAAGUUAAGAAGGACAAAUUACUCCUUACGUUUUCAUUACGAUCAACAGGCGGAGCAAAAGAAAAAGAAAAGAUACAGUGCAGGAGAUAGUUUUGAUGGUGUACCUGCCCCACUAUUUACAACAGAAAGUGGAAAAGAAACCAUUAAUACCACUCUAAAAGACAAUAUAUCCCCUAGCCUAGAGAGAAGGGAUGCCACUGUUAAUGUUUUAAAAGACUCUUCAAAUAAUGUUUCGGAGAACUCAGACACAACAGUUACACUUCUAUUCCCAACGACCAACAGCCAGAUUCCUUUACCUAGUCAUGAGAAACCUGUGUGUAAAUUGUCACUCCAACAAAAACCUGCAUUAGCUCCAAAGCCCACAAACCAGACCCCGCCAUCCUCUCCUCUCUCUAAAAGGAACAGAUCAAACUUAGCUGACACAUUAGGUCAAAGGGCGGCUAAACCAGAGUUAGACACCACCUGGAAAAAAGAAGACAGUAAAGUGAACGUGGUGCACUCACCAGCACAGAAUGAGAACAAAAAUGAAGAGGAAGAAACCAGAGAAAAGAAGUCAUUUUUCCCAUCUAUCACCAUGCCAUGGAGAGAGAAAGCUGAUAAAAAGCCUGAGCCACUGAAAAAAGAAAAGCCAGUUCUCCAGAGCAGGCAUUCUUUAGAUGGUUCCAAAUUGAUGGAAAAAGUUGAAUCUGCACAACCGCUGUGGAUUACAUUAGCACUACAAAAGCAAAAGGGAUUUCGUGAGCAGCAAGCUACCAGAGAGGAGAGGAGACAAGCCAGAGAGGCAAAGCAGGCUGAGAAGCUCGCUAAAGAUAAUGCUGCUGUAAGCAAUCCGUCAGAUGAUAAAGGCAGCAAUAUCAGCAAAGCAAGUGUACUACAAAAACCUACACCUCAGGAAGAUGAGAAGAAAAUUGAGAUGGCUAUGUCAAGACUAGAACGCAGAGAGCAGUUCAAAAAGUCCAAUACCCUUCCUACUUCUGUGACAGUGGAGAUUUCAGAUUCUGUUCCAACAACUCCAUUAGCAAAAGAGGUUACCAAGAGAUUCUCUACUCCUGAUGCUAACCCUGUGUCAACAGAACCAGCCUGGCUGGCCCUAGCCAAGAGGAAAGCAAAAGCCUGGAGUGACUGUCCACAGAUCAUUAAGUAAACUAACGUUGUUGCUCUUUACUUUUGUUUCUUAGUUGUUUUCCCCUUUUUAUUGAUUCAGCUUUUUACACAGGACAAAAGAAAGUGAACAAAAUUUAAAUGCAUUCCGUGAAGGAUUUAAAACUGAACUGAUCACCAUUUCACUCUAGGUCACUAUAGUGUGUGCUCACAUCAUAGAUCCCUUUGCUUUGAAAAACUAGGUAGAGAGUGGGCCCAGGCAUACAGUUCAGAUCCAAUUUCUCAAAAUUCAGCGCUACUCAAAUGUGAGAUUUUGGUUUUGCCCGGUAUAAAAAGAGGGGUCAGAACUUCAGAUCAAAAGCUCUUUCAAAUUUUGUGAGCAUCUGAGUCUGAGGUUUUGGAUCUCUCUUCUCCAUGCAGACAAAGAAAAGAUUCUGGCCACUCCGAUAUAAAAAAUGAAUGUAAAAUGCAUGUUCCCUCCUCUUAGCCCCAAUGGUCGCUUUUGAACUCGGUUUGAUGCAGUUUAUUUGCAAUUUGAAAACCUCUCCCCAUCCAAGGCAUUUUGGGAGACUUCUUCCCACCUGCGAAUGAAGUGAUAGCAAGUGAUGGUAGCAUCCAAUUACUGAGGCACUAUUGUCUUUCAUGCUGGGGACUCAACACAAUUGCUGUACCUCCCUCCUCAAAAAAAGAAAAUAAUUUGCCCAUCAUUCUAGUUAACAUUCAUAUAACAACCAUGGAGCAGGGAUACAAAAAGUGUUUCCCCCGUUCACUCAGAGGCAAAGUCCAUCCAUGUGCUCAGAGCACAUUAGGCAUCCAUGUGCUCAGAGCAGUUGCAAUCUAAGACCCUAUUCCUACAAAUAUCUGUGUCCAUGAGUUGCUUUACAUACCUAACGAGUCUCCUUGAGUUUAAAGGGACUGUUGACAGGUGUAAAGUUAUUCAUGUGUAAACGUUUGCAGGACUGGGGCCUAAAAAUCAGAAAACCAAGACUCUGGGAUGCUCAUGACACGGUAGUAACUUAAACUUAUUUAAAAUUCAGUUUCCUGAACAGAGAAUAAAAAGGAUUUGGAAUGCUAAUUCUUGCUAAGGUUGUUCCCUGAGUGACUUCAGACCUACCUUCCUUGUACUAGACAACCCAGCUGUAAAAUUGAGUAAAAAAUUUACUUACAUGGGGAGUGGGAGGAAUCAGUUGUUGCAGCUGAAUUUUUUUUUAAUUAGUCUUUAAAAUGUAAUAAAAAAAUGUUAGCAUCCUUAAAUUUUCUACCCAGGAAGUUAUGCUUUUUUUAAAUUUUUUUUUAAAAUGGCUUUUUACACAUAGUAACUACACCAACAAAAAGCAAGCUUCAUCUUCCUUAAAAAAAUUCCUGUGUUUUCAAUGAACUUUGCAUAUUGCUGCAAAUCCCCCUCUGUUUAAAAUAUAUGGGUUUUUUUGAGCCAUAAGAGCAUUUUAAGAGGAGGCAAUUUCAAUAAGGAGAGAGGAAAAAUUGCAUUACUACAGCAUAAUGUAUCUGAUAACUCCUCAUAUUAUUACUUUUCUUUAGCCAAAUUACUAUACAUCGCAUGAGGAGGGGAGCAAACUGUAAAUAAAGCAGAAAACAAUGAGCCUUGCACUAUCAUCCUUGUUCUAAGAACUGAAAAAAGCUAGUCAGCAAAAGUUGUUAUUGAAUAGACUGCAUCCUAUGAAGGAAACAAAGGUUCAGCAGCACACUUAAAAUAGCACAAACACAACAGACAUUAGAUUCAAUAGAGGUGCAGCUGGAAAUAUGUUUGCUCUUGUGCAAUCAGUGUUCCACUCUUUCAUAUUUAAACUAGAACCUUUAAAAUCUCUCUCCUUGCUCCUAACAUAAUAAGUAUUUAAAAUUUUUAUACACAGAGGAACAAGUGAGCUCUCUGGUACCUGCACACAACUCCUAUGGACUUCAAUGGGAGCUCUGUGGUUAUCUGAAGGGGGGAUUUGGCCCAUAAUAUCUGUGUGUUUAAUUAGUCCCAUAAAGUAGCACUACUUAAUGUACAUUUAUAUCUCAUCUGGGUUUUGAAGUGUGCAAUAGAGUUGUUCUUGUAAUUAUAACUCUAAACUGCUGGAAAUCAAACACCAGAAUUUUGGAUGCAGUUUUGGAAGGGGGGUGGGGGUACCAGGAAGGAGAUGCAGGGGGUUGGUGGGAGCAGGCCAACCACAAAGGUAGAGAAAAAACAGUAGUCGCGAUCAAGCAACGUUUAAUGAUUUAUAGAGCAAAAAGUAGGUGCUAUUGUGCAUGACAAAAUGAACUGACCUCCAAAACAACACUAGGCACAUUUAUAGCACAGUUUGAAUUGAUUAAGGAUGGUUGUAACCUAAAGAUUCAAAGCAGAGUCUUUCCAAGUGUAGGGUAUCUAGUAUACUAAAAACUGCACUCAGUAUGUACAGUACUUGCUUGGAACCACUUCUAAAAAGUCUACAAGUUGAACACUGACACUUCAUGUAAAAUCAACACAGAAAUUUGCACUAAACACCUGUGAAGUGUUAUUUUGCUUUAGCUUUGUUGUGUCUUCUGAACAAAUUGUCAGAAUUCUGUAAAAUAAAAAAAUUGUUACUACUGAAUUUAUUCAAAUCAGCAAAAAUGUUUUAAGAACUGAAUGAACCACUAUGUAGAAGGUCUCAAUUUUUUUGUAAUUUAUAAACACAAAAUACCAUUUCUUCUGAACAGGUUAUAUAUGAUUAACCUCUAUGUUCAUAUAGUAAUGUACAAAAUGUAUAAUUGUGAGGUUUUUGUUUUCUGUACUUUUUUAAUUUUUCAAAUGUUUUACAGUGCAAUUGUUUCUUAUACAAAUGUCAUUUUAAUUCCUAUUAAAUUAUAAUCCAGUCAAAAUUAUCAGAUGAUGUAUGUAUUCACUGUCUCCUUCUGUUAAUGAUAUAGGUCAGGUUUAUUUAUAAAUAGAACUUUUAGUGCUACAGGUGUCUUGCUAUGUGUUUUUAUCAACAAUAAAACUGAGUAACAAGACCUAUGAAGAAGGGAUACCUUAGUGUAAUUUCUAUUUUAUUUUCAUAUUUUGGUUGUCAUAUUUUAACGUAAAUGGUCCCAUUAUUGGAAAACGUUCUACUUAAAUAAAAAAAAUGGUUCCUGAGUUUAAAA